AUGACGUUUGGCCGCAUGUGUCUUUGUUUUGGUUCGUGCCCAACCAGGGAAAUAACGCGUUUUGUAUUUUUACCUUUACAAAGUUUUAGAAGCAUAUUAAAAACUAAUCAGACCGACAUAUGGACGACGAUUCAUCCGAUAGCGACUAUCAUGUCGAGGAAUUUGUCAAGCCGAAACGUGUACGCCACACAGCAAACGGCGAUGAAGCGGAUUUAUUGGGCAACUUCGAUGAUGUGAAACGCAAGGAGAUAUUCGAUGGCACAUAUGAAGAGAAAACAGCGGAACCCAAUCCCAGCGAUAGUGAUGACGAAGAUGAUGCGGCCACUGAUAGCGAACAGGAAGGAGUUGACGAAAAUUCACAAGCAGAGCACAGCGCAAAUGGAGCGGCAAUUGACAAAGCCUUGGCUGAAAACGAAGCCCCUAGCAAUGAUGAACAAGAUGAAACAGAUGAGGUGAAAACUAAUUUAACAAAACAACAGCUGGCAGCGCUUAUGCGUGGUACUGCAAAAGCUAAUCGUCAUGUGCUCUAUGUGACCAAUUUAAAUUUCGAGACGACAGGUACAGACUUGGAGGCGCACUUUUCCAGUGCUGGUACGGUGAAAGGUGUACGCAUCCCGAAAAAACGUCGUGGUGGUUUUGCUUUUGUUGAAAUGGCUGACAUCGAAAGCUAUCAACGUGGAUUUCAAUUGCAUAAUUCCACACUGCAAGGACGCACCAUUAAAGUGCAAUUUUCAGAGGCAGGCAAAAAGAAAUCUGCAAAUAAGAAAAACAUUUUAAAACAAAAAAAUAGAAAAUUAGCUGAAAUGCGUAAUGAACAGAAAACAUUUACGAAGAGCGGCAAAUUCUACGAUAAAAAUUUGAAAAAGGAGAAGGCAAAGGACUUGCUUGCACGCAAGCGUUGGCGCAAGCCCACCGCAGCGAAAGGCGCGAGACCUUAGUUGCAAACUUGUAGCUUUUAAAUAAAAUUACAUUUUAUUCUAACAACACUU